UGUAGUUCUUUUAAAUUGUUAUUUGUUCUUCUGUCAAAGAGUUGGAAAUUCUUGAGGGGCCUUGAACAGGCCACCUCAUUAGUGCCUGAUCACACACAGGUGUGCAGUGGGGGCGUGCCCAAUGGGAGAAUUAUAAGGAAGAGAGAAAUAUACAUACGAGAGAGGAAAGGCGAGCGAAGAAGAGGGUCCUGGUGUACCGCAGCGGGAGAAGCCAGCGCCGGGCCCCAUAGGAGUCUUGCGGGCCUUUUGGGAGCACAGCGGGAGAAGCUAACGCCGGACCUUGGGGGAGCACAGUGGGAGACGCCAGUGCCAGGCCCUGAAGGAGGGCGGGGAGAGAAGCCAGCGCCAGGCACUGGAGGAACAAGGCGGGUGUAGCCAGCGCCGGAUCCUGGAGGAGUGUAGCGAAGAAGCCAGCACCGGACCCUGGAGGAGUGAGGCAAGAGGAGCCAACACUGGGCGCUGAAGGAGCGUGGCAAAGAAGCCAGCACUGGGCCCUGGAGGAGGGCGGGGAGAGAAGCCAGUGCUGGGCCCUGGUGGAGUAAAGCAAGAGAAGCCAGUGCCAGGCCCUGGAAGAGGGAGUUGAGAAAAGCCAGUGCCAGGCCCUGGAGGAGGUGAGAGAAGCCAGUGCCGGGCCCUGGAAGAGGGAGGUGAGAGAAGCCAGUGUCAGGCCCUGGAAGAGGGAGGUGAGAGAAGCCAGUGUCAGGCCCUGGAAGAGGGAGGUGAGAGAAGCCAGUGCCGGGCCCUGUGGGUGCGCGGCAAAAGAGGCCAGCGCCGGGCCCUGAAGGAGCUUGGUGAUAAAGCCAGCACCACGCCCUGGUGGAGCAUAGAGGAAGAAGCCAGCGUCUGGCCCUGGAGGAGUGAGACAACUGUAGCCAUUGCCAGGCCCAGGUUGAGCGUGGCGGGGAGAAGCAACAUUGGAACGCCAAGUGGAUUGGUUGUGAUCCACCCCUCUUCCUUCUAAAAACCCCUCUGUUGCUUUUUCAACUUGUUUUUGGCUACCCAGGAUUGAUUGUUUUUAGUCGUCACACACGUUCUUUUAAUCAAAUGCACUAUUUUUUUUAAUUCAUUAUUGUGUAUUUUAUAUUGAACUUUCUAGGAACUGGUCUUACAGACUCCUUGGGUAUUUUCUCUUUUUGACUGGCUCCUGGCUCCAACAAACGGGCAGACUCUUUUUACUCCCCUUUGAACCGGGUAUCUUGUCUCCACACACCUCCAAAUCAAAGAACCAUGCGGGUCUGCUACAUUUACAUGGAGUAGUUCACUCUCCUUGAGUCAGAAAAUGUAUUUUAAUACGAGAAAAGGUGGAAAAUCCUUCCCUCACUUCCUUAAGGCUGCAGUUGUCUCCAGUGAACACGUGAUGGCUCGAAUCCACAUCAGUGUGAGUCCAAUUUGUCCCGGCUCUGAGGGGGUUAACCUCACGCAGGAUGCGCCGCUGGAGGAAGGAGCCUGAAUGAAAUCAGCUCCGACAGGAUCCACGUUCACAGUCGCGGGCGCCGGCCACUCUCACUGCACGCGGGAGAAGGCGAGACACUAAAAGGUUCCCGCGGAUCCUCGACUUGUUGACGCGCACCGGGAGUGGAGCACGGGACGCGGCGGGGUUUUUACCAUGUCGGUGCGUAAUUUACGAUGCGUCCAUCAGCUGCCCGCGCAGGAUCGGAGUCUUUUCCAGGUUUAACAAGUUGCAGCGCACUCACCCAGGAAAAGAUGCCGCUCCAGGAGAUAAACCGGGAUAUAACGAAUUCAUACACAAGAAGCGACGGGGGGGCUCUGAUGCCGCCGCUCCCCCGGACCAUGUCCCACUGAGAUCCCGGACCGGGUUCAGUCUUUCUCCAGAGUCCGACUGACUUGAGUGAAGAUGAUCAAAACGGCUCCUCGGUCGGCCUCCACGCUGCCGCCGGAGACCAUCGACAUCAUCCGGAGCAAGACCCAGUCCCGCAGAGUGAGGCUCAACGUGGGGGGGCUCCUCCACGAGGUCCUGUGGAGGACGCUGGACCGGCUGCCGCGCACCAGGCUGGGCAAGCUGCGGGACUGCAACACGCACGACUCCAUCAUGGAGAUAUGCGACGACUACAGCCUGGACGGGAACGAGUACUUCUUCGACAGACACCCGGGCGCCUUCACCUCCAUCCUGAACUUCUACCGCACAGGGAAGCUGCACAUGAUGGAGGAGAUGUGCGCGCUCUCCUUCAGCCAGGAGCUGGACUUCUGGGGCAUCGAUGAGAUCUACCUGGAGUCCUGCUGCCAGGCCCGGUACCACCAGAAGAAGGAGCAGAUGAACGAGGAGCUGAAGAGGGAGGCCGAGAACAUGCGUGAGCGCGAGGGGGAGGAGUUUGCCCCCACGUGCUGCUCGGAGAAGAGGAAGAAGCUGUGGGACCUUCUGGAGAAGCCCAGCUCCUCAUUCGCUGCCAAGAUCUUGGCAAUCGUCUCCAUCCUCUUCAUCAUCCUGUCCACCAUCGCCUUGUCUCUGAACACCCUCCCAGAGCUGCAGGACACGGAUGAGUUUGGCCAAGCCUCCGACAACCCGCAGCUGGCCCACGUGGAAGCCGUGUGCAUCGCCUGGUUCACCAUGGAGUACCUGCUGCGCUUUCUCUCCUCCCCAAACAAGUGGAAGUUUUUCAAGGGUCCCCUCAACGUCAUCGACCUGUUGGCCAUCUUGCCGUACUACGUCACCAUCUUUCUCACGGAGUCCAACAAGAGCGUGCUGCAGUUCCAGAACGUCCGGCGGGUGGUGCAGAUUUUCAGAAUCAUGCGGAUUCUGCGGAUUCUCAAGCUGGCGCGUCACUCCACGGGUCUUCAGUCUCUGGGUUUCACCCUGAGGAGGAGUUACAACGAGCUGGGCUUGCUGAUCCUCUUCCUGGCCAUGGGCAUCAUGAUUUUCUCUAGUCUGGUGUUUUUUGCUGAGAAGGACGAAGAAGACACCAAAUUUAAAAGCAUCCCAGCCUCCUUCUGGUGGGCCACCAUCACUAUGACUACAGUAGGUUACGGAGAUAUUUACCCCAAGACUCUUUUGGGGAAAAUCGUCGGGGGCUUGUGUUGCAUUGCAGGAGUGUUGGUAAUUGCCUUGCCCAUCCCCAUCAUUGUAAAUAACUUCUCUGAGUUCUACAAAGAGCAAAAGAGGCAAGAAAAAGCCAUCAAACGAAGAGAAGCUCUGGAGAGGGCAAAGAGGAACGGUAGCAUUGUUUCUAUGAACCUCAAAGACGCUUUUGGUCGCAGUGUGGAGCUCAUGGAUGUCAUGGUGGACAAAAGUGAUGACAAGAUUGAGAAGCUGCAUGAUAAUCACGUGUCUCCACAAAGAGGGACUCCUAGACUCAAGUCAUCCAUGAGCCCCUCCAAGACCCUUGAUCUGGACUACCAAGAGCCGGCCAAACCCUCCAGUAGCCCUCAGCACCUCAGCGCCCAGAAACUGGAGGAGAUGUACAGCAAGAUGUCAAAGACUCAGUCACAAGCCAACACGGAGAGGAGGGAAAAAAGGCCGUAUUCCAAAAUAGUCCAACAGAGGGCGGAGUUUGAGAUGGAGAACAUCUCCGGUGGGGCUCCACCCGGCACAGGGGAUGCAGUGACGGACAUGAAGAGCAUGUCCAGCAUCGACAGUUUCACCAGCUGCGGCCCUGAAUUCCCUGAAGGCUCGCGCUUCUCCCACGGCCCCGGAAGCAGCACACAGGGACGGGUCCGGAGCAACCCCAGCCUGGAGCCCACCAUCGAAAAUGAGCACGAAGGAUCCCACGGCAACACAACUCCCCAGGCAGGAGAAAGGACCAAGCGCAACCCCAGAGACCUGUGUGGAGGCAACACACCCAGGUUUGAGUCGCUGAAGGUCCGAGUCACAGUAGGGGAGGACUUUGGGGCUGGAGUGCUCUCAGACAGCUCGUCGGCUCAGAGCCCAGAGACCUCCAUCUACACCACUGCCAGCAGCGGGACACCCAGCAAGAGCCCCGAGAACAUACCGCCCCGGAUCUUCACCUUCCACGAUUCCUCCAUCAACAAGUUCAUCGAUGCUGACACAGACGAGGACGAGCAUCUGCACGACGCCGCCAGCUCUAGCGCAACCCAAAGACUCCUGGAGAAAGCCGGCCCCAACUACGGCCAUCACUCCAGCUUCCAGCAGAGUCUCAACCACAUGGAGGUCCUUCAGAGGAAACUAGGCAACAACACGCAGGUGCAGGAGAACCACGUGGCUCAGGAGAUGCAGCCACUUCAGGGAGAGAAGAGUCACUCCAGCUCCUAAAAAAAAAGAUAACUACUACCAAAUGAUGAGGAGGGAACAGAGGAGAGCACACCAGCUUCAUCACAAAUGAGAACAUUUGCAGAACCAUGAACUGCCUCUCUCACGAACACGAUGAUAAGAAACGUGCGUUCUUCUCUGCUGCCUUUACAGUCUUGGUUAAAUCAAUCAAGCAGCAGACUCUUGAAGUCGGAUAAAAGGGAUGCAGUGGGAGGAUUUUUACCGUUUCUACAUUUUUAGAACAGAUCAUAAUCCAGUUAUUACACUCUAGGUAGUGGUUUACAAUGAAUCCUUUUUAUAAGCAAGAACCAACUUUUUGUGACAUCUCUGGAAGCCACUUUAAAGCCACUGCAGCAAAAGCUGUCAAAUCAGUAGCAAACCACAAAGAGCUCUGAAAAAAGCCACAUUCAGGAGAGAGAUUUCAAACACUUUUAUUGCAGUAUGAAAGGAGAACAUCAAUCUUUCGCUCCCUACAGUGUUUAAUUAUAUACAAUGUAUAUUACAAAGGUGAGGGGUUGAGAGUAUGUUUGCUUCCUUUCACUUCCUCUUGCCUUAGUUUAUGUUUUAUGUUUGUGUGGAGAGGAGAAAGCCUGAGGCAGGCGGAUGGACAGCACAUGCUUACGGAGCUCUGGACAUGACAGUCAACAAAAAAUAUAUCAGUUCUUCUCUCAAAUUAAUCAUUUGUGGCAACAAAUUAGCAUUUAGUCUACGUAAACUAGUAUUUUAGUAUUGUGAAUUCCUACCUAAUUGGGGACUACGAAAUACUAACUUGGGUGUGCAAAAGGCUAGUAAGUGCCAAAAAGGGGUUACUUGUGCCCCAAAAAUGCUCAUUUGUGUACAGAAAAAGCAAAAUUUUGCCCAGAAAAUACAAAUGUGCGCCCACAAAAUGCUAAAACAUGUGCACAAAAUGCUAAUUUGUGUAGAGAAAAAAAUAAUUUUCAUUCAGAAAUUACAAAUUUGUGUCCAGAAAAUACUAAAACCUGUGCACAAAACACAAGUGGCCAGUAAAUGCUAACAAGUGUUCACAAAAUGCUAAUUUGGGCCCAGAAAAUUCUAGCAUGUGUGCACAAAAUUCUAACUUGUGCCCAGAACAUGCUAACAUUUGUGCACAGAAAAUGCUAACAUGUGUGCACAGAAUUCUAAUUUGUGACCAGAUAAUGCUAACAUGUGUGCAUUAAAUACUAUCCGUGUGUGCUCAAAAUGCUAAUCUGUGCUCAAAAAAUGCUAAUUUGUGUGCACAAAAACGAAUUCCUUCCCAGAAAAUGCUAGCAUUUAUAUAGGAAAUGCUCAUUUGUGCCCAGAUAAUGCUAACAUGUGUUCAUUAAAUACUAUCUUGUGUGCUCAAAAUGCUAAUCUGUGCUCAAAAAAUGGUAAUUUGUGUGCACAAAAGCUAUUUUCUUCCCAGAAAAUGCUAGCAUUUAUGCAGGAAAUGCUCAUUUGUGCCCAGAAGAUGUUGCAUUGUGCACAGAAAAUGCUAACAUGUGUGCACAAAAUAUUCAGUUGUGCCCAGAAAAAUGCUAACAUUUCUGCCCAGAAAAUGCUAAUGCGUACACAAAAUGCUAAUUUAUGCCCGGAAAAUUCUAAUAUUUAUGCCCAGAAAAUGCUAAUGUGUGCACAAAAUGCAAAUUUCUGCCCAGAAAAUGCUAACAUUUCUGCCCAGAAAAUGUUAAAGUGUGCACAAAAUGCUAAUUUUUGCCCAGAAAAUACUAACAUGUGUGCACAAAUUGCAGAUUUGUUCCCAUGAAAUGCUAAUUUGUGUGCUCACAAUGCUCAUUUGUGCUCAGUAAAUGCUAACAUUUGUGCACAAAAUCCUAAUUUGUGACCAGUAAAUGCUAACAUGUGUGCAUAGAAAAUUCUAACAUGUGUGCACAAAAUAUUCAAUUGUGCCCAGAAAAUGCUAACUCGAGUGCACAAAAUGCUAAUUUCUGCCCAGAAAAUGCUAACGUGCGCACAAAAUGCUAAUUUGUGUGCACAAAACCAAAUUUUUGCCCAGAAAAUACUAACGUGUGUGCACAAAAUGCAGAUUUGUGCCUCGAAAAUGCUAAUACAUGUGCUUAAAAUUCUCAUUUGUGCUCAGUAAAUGCUAACAUUUGUGCACAAAAUCCUAAUUUGUGACCAGUAAAUGCUAACAUGUGUGCCUGUAAUGCUAAUUUGUGGCUACAAAUUAUUAACUUUGAGGGAACAUUUUGUCUUAUUUAUUAUUUUUCCUUUUUUAUGUCAUGUCCUGGGCUGCGUACAUGCUCAUGUGUGUCUGUGCAAUAAUGAUUGCUCACUUAGAGUAUAUUUAAAGUAAUGUAGCAUUAGUGGUCUCUUAUGCUAAGGGUGACUCCUGGCUGAAUCAAGUGUUUCGGUUUGUUUUGGUUGUCAUGCGUUGGCAUUUUUACUGCACAGAGAGUUCGCAGGCGCUGCAGACAGACUUUGUGCGUCUGCGUUUAUCAUUUCUUUCUUUUCGGCCCACUUCUACUGACAGAGAGCACCCCCCCCACAAUCAUCUGCGGAGUGUAAACACAGAUGAAAAAUGUGGUUCUUUUUAUUGAUGUUCUUUUUUUUAAGUGUUUGUGUUCCUAUAUUUGCUGUGAUCAGAUUCCAAUUUUAAACAAAAUGAUUUUUUUAAAGUUUUUUAAUCAGUCACCAUCUUCUGUUCUGUUCAUUUGUCAUAAAUUGAUGAUUCAUGCUGGAAAGUUUUUCUCUCCUAAAUCCUUCUGUUCAUGUAAGAGUGUGAAUAUUGUACAGGUACGACUAUAAAAUAGCAUCUUCAAAAAAAUAAACAUUAUAUAAUAAUUUAUAUUUUUAAAGUAUUUUCUAAAACAAUGAACUGUUAGACAAAGGUGUUGUGCUAACCUCAUAGUUUUGAACUGUAACUACCGAGUAGCUUAGGGGAAGUUGCAUCAUUAGACAGUGUUUUGUGAAAGAUAUUCUGUUUUCUCGGCUCCCUGAAAAUGUCUGUCCUUCUGUCUUUAGUGCAGUGUGAAGAACCAAAGAGUUGUUCUUUCUGAUAACAAAACACACUGUGUCAUGUUUGUUCUCACGAUGGUCAUUCUUGGUAAUUGUCUCACUCAACACAAACAGACAGUACCGCCUCUUUCAGUUCUACGGUACCAGAAAAAGUUUCGUCCUAAGCCAUAAUGCAGAGGAAUAAACCAUUUGAUAGGAACAAUUUUAUUUUGAUCUUAUUAGUGUUCCUGAAGCCCCCGGGACAUUUGCUCAUCAGCAGUCCAGCUUAAAUCCAGACUUUUUGCUGCAUGAUUGAUGACUGAGUCUUUUCAUUUUGAGCUGCUCUGCUGUAGAUCAGCUGUCUGGUUUCAGUUAUUUAGCUGUUGGAACGAUGUCCUCAUGAAGAAUUUAACAGCUCAAAGCCAAAAUGUUAACCCUUUAAAGCCCACGACAUCAAAGAUUUGAGUUUAUUUUUUGGAACUCAAGAUGUCCCCUUUAAUGAAAUCCACCAAAAGUACUUUUUCAUGAGAUAAAGACUAUCAAUAAUGCUCCAAGGGGUGAUUUAAUAAGGUUCUGCUCAAAACAAUGGUAGGUUAAGAAGUAAAAAUAUCAAAUAUCAAACAUCUGAUUUACACAUUUUUAAUAUGGUAUAACUGUAAUUUAAAGGGCCUAUAUCAUGCAAUUCCCAGCCUUUUGAGUAAACUAUGUUCAUAUAAUAUAAUAUAUAAUAUAUUACCUUUGACCCACUUAAGAAUGAAUUAUUUAUGAAAUGUAAGUUAUUUUGUGGAGUUAUUCUCCUACUCCUUGUGGGUGACACCCAUUCAUGACAUCAUGCAGGAGCAUGCCUGCAUUUCUCCCACAAAGAAAAUUAAAAUAAAACUAAAACUAGAAAAGUUGUAAUAUCUGCAAUAAUGCUGGUGUGACUGGUUUUUGCUGAAGAUACUGAAACUUUUUGCCGGAAAUGGAGACGCUAUUUACUUUAAUUCCUGAAAGAAUUUGCUGAAAAUGCAAAAGCUAUUUGCAAGAUGUAAAAUUUGCUAAAAAAAAAACCUGGAAAUUUCUUUUAAGAACUAGGAAAAAGCGCGGAAGUUGACCUGAAUUUCAGAAAAUUUGUAGUAAAAUUGCUUAAUAAUUCCUAAUAUAUGCCAAAAGUAUUUAGUGCGUUGCUUAAAUCUGAGCUAAACUCAAAAUUAGCCCAAAAAACCUCAGCAGAUGCCAAAUUUGCCAAAAAAGCUAGCUUGUUGCUAAAAUACUAGCUAAACUCCAAAAUCGCCUAAAAUUCCUCAGUAAACUAAAUUAGUCAAAAAUGUUAGCCUGUUGCUAAAACAGAGGCUAAAAUCUAAAUUAGGCAAUAAAAAACGUAGUACUUAACAAAUUAGCCAAAAACAUUAACAUGUUGCUAAAAUAUUAGCUAAACUCCAAAUUAGCAUAAAAACCUCAGUUGAUACCAAGUUAGCCAAAAAAGCUAACACAUUAC